AUGCUGAAGAAGAUCUGUCAAGUAGUGACUCGGGAAACGCACGCUCCAGGUGAUAUCAUUUUUGAGGAAGGAGAAUGGGCGAGUUCUAUGUACUUUAUUAUCAAGGGCAAGGUCAAACUAGUGUCGAGGUCACACGCAGGAGCUACGAUUGGGUACCUCUCGGAAGGCGGUUACUUCGGGGAAGUGGCUUUGUUUAUGGAAACGUCUCGAUCGGUCUCGGCCAAGUGUUUGUCAUUCUGCGAUACUAUAUGUUUGAGUCGACAGAGUCUGGUGGACCUGUUGGUGAUCUAUCCAAAGUUCCGAGAUAAAUAUGAUGCCCUGUGUCGAGAGGUUCUGAGUGGGGACGUACGAGGACUGUGCUUACAGUGCAUACACUGUGGGAAAAGCGGCCAUCUCAGCGAUAU